UCUCUCACUAGCAGCUGCAGUAGCAGAAACACAGCACGCCCAUCUAAGCCUCUAUACGUUCAACCUGCUAACACUGAGGAAAAGGCACCAAUUAUAAUGGCAGCCACAACUUCUCCGCUGGACCCAGACCUGAUGAGGGAGGUCCUUGAAUGCCCAAUCUGCCUGGAGACAUACAACCAGGAACAAAUGAGACCCAAACUCCUGCAGUGUGGACACACAGUGUGUCGGCAGUGUUUAGAGAAACUGUUAGCAAACACCAUCAAUGGUGUUCGUUGCCCUUUCUGCAGUAAGGUCUCAAGGAUGAGUAAUAUUUCCCAGUUGGCUGAUAAUCUGACCGUGCUCAAGAUCAUUGACUGCACUACCUCCUGCAGCGCUGCUGCUGCUGCCCUCAUGUGCAAGUCCUGCUGCAACCGUCUGCCACGACAGUACUGCCACGACUGUACUACAGUCCUCUGCGAGUUAUGUAAAGAGGAGGAUCACAUGCAUCAGGGCCAUACUGUCCAGCCAAUCAGAGUGGCUGCUGAACAGCGUCGCAAAGAACUGGGUGGCAAGCUGGAAGCACUACGUGAAGUAAUGGGUGAAAUCCAGAAGAAAAAGACAGCUAUAGAAAACAUUUCCAAGUCACUGAGACUAAAAUACCGUGCAGUGCAGCAGGAGUACGCCGCAGCUGAGUUACGCCUUCAAGACGAGCUCAGCAGGUCUCGAAGGACAUUCACAACUACCAUGACAGAACUGGAAAAGCUCAAUGGGCAGGUCCUGGAGGAACAGACAUACCUCCUUAAUAUAGCAGAAGUUAAAGUUGUGUCACGUUGUGAUUAUCUUACCAUGCGAGUCAGGCAGAGUGACACUGCCUUGCUAAAGGAUGAUGGUGCAGGCAGCGAUGAUGAUGAGGAACUGGACAUUAGGAGCAGCUUGCCCACUGUGUUCAAGUUGCAAGAGCCAGAGCUGAUCUUAACAGAGCACCCUAAAGCUCUAGAAAUAGGAAAAUUGACUACAAACACUUCCACUGUCAACACAGAUGAUGAAGAAAGUGGGUUGGAGAUGGCACUUCAGGGGGAUGUAGAGGGAGCAGUUGGGCCAGUAAGGGCUACAGGGGGUGCAAUGGGGGCUUCGGUGGAUCUCUAUCGAGAUAUUGACAUGGUUGCAGCUGUAGAGGAAGCGGUAUGUGGCUCACCAGGAACCUUUAAGUCAAAGUCAAUGGAUGCAGGUGGGGGCUCACCUGGAGGGGCCACAGCAAGUGCGGGCCCUCCAGUCUGUCAGUUUGUGAAAAGGAUGGGCUGCAAAGGAACUCUUCCUGGCAUGUUCAAUUUACCUGUCAGCAUAUGUGUAACCCACCAAGGCGAGGUCCUUGUGGCAGACCGUGGAAACUACCGUAUUCAGAUCUUUAAUCGGAAAGGUUUUCAGCGUGAAAUCAGGCGCAAUGCCAGUAGCAUUGAUAACUUUGUCCUGAGCUUUCUGGGUGCUGAUUUGCCCAACCUCAUCCCAUUAUCCAUUGCUGUAACUCCUCAAGGACUGAUUGGAGUUACUGAUAACUAUGACAACUCAGUGAAAGUCUACACUAUGGAUGGACACUGUGUGGCUUGCCACAAGAAUCAGCUGAUCAAACCCUGGGGUAUUACUGCCAUGCCUUCUGGCCAGUUUGUUGUGUCUGACGUGGAAGGCGGCAAGCUCUGGUGUUUGGCAGUGGAUCGCAAUGUGGGUGUAGUCAGCUACAACCGGCUGUGCUCUGCUGUGCGGCCAAAGUUUGUGACAUGCGAUCCAGCUGGAACAGUGUAUUUCACCCAGGGCUUGGCCCUUAACUUUGAGAAACGCCACAAUGAGCCACACUUGGAGGGUGGCUUUUCCAUUGGCUCAGUGAGUACAGAUGGCCAGCUCGGCAAGCAGCUCAGCCACUUCUUCUCAGAGACAGAGGACUUCCGCUGUAUCACCGGUAUGUGUGUGGAUGCCAACGGAGACUUGUUGGUAACCGACAGCGGCAGGAAAGAAAUCCUCCAGUUUCCCAAAGAGGGUGGUUUCAAAAUUCUCAUCCAGGAUGGACUCACCUGCCCCGUGGGAGUUGCCACCACUCAGAAAGGACAGCUGCUUGUCCUGGACUGUUGGGACCACUGUGUCAAAGUGUACACAUACAUUCAAAGAAGGCACUCCUCAACUUCAUAGAGGAACAAUCCAAUCUGUCUGAGAGGCUGAGACGUUAUGUGAUGAAAGUUUGUGAGAGGUAGAAAAAAACAUAAUCAGUUUUGGCUGCAGUCCAAGCAAUCUUCACUCUGGCUUUCAUUGAGUGCUCAAAAUAUUUAAGACCUGAUUUCUUCUGGUUUGAGUCACUUAAUUGCCCAAUUAAUUUUAGUUGUGAUACAUACAGCAAAAAAACAGCCACUUAAGCUGCCUAUAACCUGAUUAUUUCAAUGGAUCACAUCAUGAAAGCAGACCUUAUAACACUUUUACAGCUACAAACAGAUACACGUUGUCGCAUUACAGUGAGUGAAAAAAGCCAUCGUGUCAAAGCUAAUGCAAGCACAAGAUACACAUAUCUUUCCAUCUUCCCUUACUGGUUGCUGUAUCUACCAGGUCAGUGUCAGUGUGUGAUGCAUGGCUUUAACGGAUUUGGCUCAGCUUUGCAAACAGAAAGUGGGAGGAAGGUGAGUAGAAAGAGAAGUUGUAUUAACAUAUGAAAUAAAGCAUACUGAGGCUCAUGCCCUGUGAAGCACUUUAUUAUUGACACAUCACUGUUUCUUAAUAUUAGGUUUUAGUAGCACACACUAACACUUAUGCUGAAUGCAGCUGGCAGCUUUAAGAUUUACUGUGGCUAAUGGCAGAUCAGUAAGCAAAUAUGAACUCUGAUGAAGGUGCAUUCAGGGACAUUCAGGGAACAUGACGUAGGAUUAUAUUUAAAAUAUUUGCAGAGAAAGCGUGAGUUGGAUUUGAACAUCUCCAGACUCCAGUUAAAUCUGGAGAUCAGAGUGAAUAACGUGUUGCCCUCUGUCUCGUAUGUGAAUGACAUAUAGAGAAGUAAAGUCCUGCCCCUUCCACUGUGACCCAGGUACAUCAGGAAAAAAAAAAUAUAACAGUCAAUGUUUUUUUUUUUUUUUUGAUCCCAAGAUGUUUGUCAAAUUAAAAAGAUAGUUUAUAAGUCGGUACAAUAGGAGUGUGUUUGGCCUUUGGUAUUUUGCAGUUGUAAAAUACAGUCAUCUGUUCUCUCCGACCACGUGAAUUUCAAUAUUGUUAACCCCAUUGCAUACUUGCCCCAGUCAUAUUUUUGGCCAAAUUGUGAUAUCUACAAAAAAAAAUGUAUCAGCUGUGUUAGGAGAGUAAAAUUACACAUAUAUCACAAUUUGGCCAAAAAUAUGACUAUGAGACAAACGAUAUUCUAAAAGGAAUGUGUGGAAUUGUGUCCCAGUGA